AUGCCGUUCUUCAAACAGCUGCGGCGCCGCUCCAAGGCCAAUUUUCAGAAGAACCCAGCCCCGAGCGUGGAGGAGGUCUCCGCCAAAUCGUCCUCCACGAUCGACACCUCGAGCUCCAUCACUCCACCCUCAUCGAUCAAGCCCACCCUCUCAACGCCCAGUUUGCCCGCCCUCAACGAAUCUGAACCGAGUAGUACUCUGACACCGCGUCCGGGCCCCUUCAUCACCAAUUCACAGCGAAACAGCGUCAUUGUCAACCAGAAAGUGCUCCUCGUGUACGGUCAGAUAGGCGAGCCGCGACAACAACCGCUGGACGGAAAUGUCACGGUCUACCAUCACCAGGAUAAUUUCCCGUCGCUCGGCUGGCCCGUCACGGCAUCUCAUUUUAAAGCCCUAGUGCAUCUAGUUCCCGGUCCCAAUCGCCUCCGCUUUGAUUUCGUCUCUCCAAAACUGUCGACGGGGAGUGCACACCCUGCUAUCCACUCGGCUUGGAUCUGCAUCAACUACCUUCCGCUCGUGAACACCCCACCGCUGCAACUGGUGGUGUUGCUUGGAAAAGACUCGGACGGCACAUAUGACGCGGUGCCCGAAAGGGCAGAACGCGAGGGCAAUGGCCUGGACAUGGCGAUCCGCAAGUAUCGAAUGGCAGCCUACCUGUGGCAGGCCUUUACGGGGGAACAGAUGUAUCGGAACAACUUCGGACGGCGCUGUUUCCGAUUCGAAGAAGAGUGGCAGUCGGGCAGUCUGAGCCGCCGGGACUUGACACAGGCUCAGAUGCGCAACGAGGCAAAGAUCCACGUCGUGCGGUCGGAGAAGACGGUGGCCGAACUGCGGGAUCUGAACAUCGCGCAGCAGAACGACAAAGCCGAAAAGAAAGACGAGCUGUUCAACAUCGCCAAGCAAGCCGUGCGCAACCAUUUCCAGCCCCAGCCCGGUCAAAAACAAUACGUCUCUGUGCUCCUCCUGGAUUCACACUGGAACACCCAGUCUCAACUAGUGACUGGCCACGCAGCCUUGGGCUCCGCCGACGACGAUAUUAAGAUGGCAAUGUUCGGAUCUCACUGCCUCCAAAGCUACCCGUCUUGCCUGGAAGAAAUCGUGGAUGCAUUCACUGACUGUACCCGAACGGACACCAACCAUGUUGCCAACGACUGCGGCGACGCAGGCUCCAACUGGGAGGCGGCCAACUUGGGUAUCGGGGCUCAUCUGCACGAGGUGGGUCACCUCUUCGGAUGCCCUCACCAAGAAUCGGGGGUGAUGCUCCGCGACUACGUCCAGCUCAACCGGACAUUCCUCACCAAAGAGCCCUUCUCGACGCGCACCAAGGCCCAAGGGUUGAAGGUAUGUUUGCCGAAUGAUGAGUGUGGGUGGCACCGCUUGGAUGCGCUGCGCUUCCGAUUCCACCCCAGCUUCAAACUUCCCACCGACGCCUCCCCGAAAUCAGACGACAGCGUUCAGGUCUGGCCCGUCGAGAGUGGAAAGAUAUUAUUCACCGCCACCUCCGGCAUUGCAUUCAUGGAAUUGUAUGCAGAGGGUGACACGUUCUGCCACAAGUACAUCGAGUACCUCAACACCGAAAAUAGCCCUAACGGGCUUCCACGACAAGUUACUGUGACUGAAACAGAACUUCGUCAGCGUUUGUACGGCACUGAAAAAGAAAAGAAAAAGAACCUCAAAAAUAUCAAAGUAGUGGUCGUUUCUGGCUCCCUCGGCAGCUACACCGUCGAGAACAUCAGUGAUCUGAGAUCGAAAAACGCACUUGUCAAGCUGCCAAAAAGUCAAUCUGGGUACAAGAGUGGUCGAUUGGGCCAUGGAACAAUGGAGGGCACUCAGCAAGAACAAUUGUUGCUGGAGUGCGCGUCCAUUAAAACGAAGCUGCUGACCUCGAUCAAAGUGUACCACGGAUGUGCUCUUGAUGGAAUCGAGUUCUGCUAUGAAGAUGCCACCACCCAGCUCUUUGGCAAGCGAGGAGGAAAACCAGGCGGCGAUGAAUUCAUCCUGGACACCCGGCGCGGUGAAAUCCUUCUGGGCUUCUAUGUUCGGGCUGGUCAAUGGAUCGAUGGAAUCGAAAUCCUCACCAGCCUGGGCAGGAAAUCAGGAGUAUAUGGAAAUGCCUCCGGUGGCUCAGGUCACACCUUGAUCCCACCCCUGGGCUACAAAAUCGCAGGAAUCGCCGGCUCAUCUGCAUCAUGGGUCGAUGGAUUUUCAUUAAUCAUUCAGCAUUGA